AUGAACACGCUAUUCAAUCCAGAGAUUGCACGUGUCGUUUUUGAUCUUUGUAACGAAGAAGAAUCAAACGAUAACGCGUCUAGUUCACGUGUUCCUAGAACCAGAAGGGUUUUAUCACGAGAUCAUGUCGGAUCCACGAAUGAGUACUUGAGAAGGCCGACAAGUGAAGAUGUCCAACGUUUGGUGAAUAAGCAUGAACAGAUACAUAGCUUUCCUGGGCAGUACACACGAGGCGACAAAGGACAUCCAACGAUCAUGCUUGAAGCAGUAGCUUCGUAUGAUUUGUGGAUUUGGCAUGCUUACUUUGGCCCCGCGGGUUCGAACAACGACAUCAACGUACUUAAUGAAACAGAUUUGUUCAAAGAUUUGCUACAAGAUAGGGCUCCUGCACUCCAAUAUACUGUUAACGGUGAAGAGUUUACCAAGGGAUAUUAUCUAGCUGACGGUAUUUAUCCGGAAUGGGCGACACUAGUCAAGUCUUUUAAAUCCCCGAUGGAUCCAAAGAGUGGAAAGUGA